CCCGGUGCCCCCGCGAUAGACGGUAGUGUUUUUUGUUUAAGAGAUUUGUGAGCGCCGGACCAGCAACCAUGACUCGUCGCAUCGACGAAGAUACGAUUCUUCAGCUAUUACUAGAAGAUAAUAGUGACGAAGAAAAUUCGUCAGAGAGUGAGAAGGAAGACCACAUCGAGGUUGAUCCGGCUUAUGUAUCAGUGAGUGAGGAUGAAAUUUCGUCUUUGGACUUGGCAUCAAUUGAAAAACAGAUGCCAGGUACUUCGGCACAAGAACCUAACGAAUUGAUUAUUAUACCAUCGCGUAACAUACUUCGCGGAAAAGAUAAGCACAAAUGGUCAUCGUUAAAGCCAAAGUCACAAGGCCGAACAGCCGCAAGAAACAUUGUGCACAUUAGACCAGGCCCCACUCGUAUGUGUAAAAAUGAAUUAGAUCCUUUAUGUUGCUUUUCGUCUUUUAUUACAGAUGAUAUAGUAAAUAUAAUUGUCACUUAUACUAAUGCUGAGAUUGUAAUAAAAUCUGAAAAAUACAAAAAUGUAACUGCCACUCAGAGACCAACAGAUGCUUGUGAGGUCAGAGCUCUUAUCGGGAUUCUUACAUUAUCUGCAGCAAUGAAAGAUAACCAUUUACCAUCAAAGGAGAUAUUUGAUACUACUUUUUGUGGAAAUAGAUACCGUAGUACAAUGUCAAAUGAGAGAUUUGACUUUCUAAUAAGCUGCCUUAGAUUUGACGAUAAGUCUACGCGCCAACAACGUAGACAGGCUGAUGUCUAUGCUCCAUUUCGUGAUCUAUGGAAUCUUUUUAUAGCUGCCUGUCAAGAAAACUACAAACCUAGUUCUUACCUUACAAUUGAUGAACAGUUACUGGGCUUCAGGGGAAGAUGCCCAUUUCGAAUUUAUAUGCCUAAUAAGCCAAAUAAAUAUGGAAUUAAAAUUGUUAUGCUCGUAGAUAAUUCUACGAAAUAUAUGGUAGACGCAGAGCCCUAUCUGGGUUCUUUUACUAAAACAGAUGGCUUGCAACUCGGGGAAUAUUUUGUAAAAAAAUUGACACAUACUGUACAUGGUACUAAUAGGAACGUAACUAUGGACAAUUGGUUCACCUCGGUGCCAUUGGCUAAAAGCUUACUAAAAGUACCAUACAAGCUGACUUUAGUUGGAACUUUAAGAUCAAAUAAAAGAGAAAUACCGACAGAGUUACAAAACAAGCGCACACGUAAAACUGGUACUGCUAUUUUUUGCUAUGACAAUGAACUCACAUUGCUUUCGUACAAGCCUAAACCCCAAAAGGUAGUAUUUUUACUUUCAACUUGUGAUGAAGAAGGAACCAUGGACGAAACUUCUAAGAAGCCAACAAUGGUUGAAUUUUAUAACCAAACCAAAGGUGGGGUAGAUACGUUGGACCAAAUGUGCUCUCUUGCAUCUUGUAGCCGAAAAACUCGACGCUGGCCUUUAUGCAAUUUUUACGGAAUGCUCAAUAUAGCAUUCAUAAAUAGUUACAUUAUAUACAUAACUAACAAUUUGGAGGCAAAAAGGAAACCUUUAUCGAGGCGUGAAUAUUUGAAAAGUUUGCAUCACAAGUUAGUCGAGCCACAUAUGCAAAAACGUAUACUUGUGCCCACACUUCAAACUGGCCUGCGCGACUCGAUUACACAAAUUUUGAAUAUGCCAGGAAGUAGUAGAUCGAGUUUGACACUUGAAACUGAAGCUACAGGUCAUCCUAUUGCAAAAAAAAGAAAAAUUUGUGCCAUAUGCCCAUCAGCAAAACGAAGGAUGACGAAAACUAGUUGCUACAAGUGCAAUAAAUCAGUGUGUGGUGAACACAAACUUGAUAUGUGUCACAAAUGUCUUAGUUCAUAGUUUUUUACCAAAAUUUUUACUUUUUUUGUUGAUUCGAUGUUUUAAUUUUAAUUAUUUGACAUCAUUUUCAAAGUUUUUUUUCUAGUUUUUAAGAGAUAAGCACUUAAAAAAACAAAUAUCUUUAUUUAGAGCGAAAAAUAUGAUCUCAGUAAAAAGGCUGAUUAUGUAAUAAAUAUGUGAUUUAAUUAAAUAAGAAUGUUAUAUUUUUGUUAACAAAUGAUUGUAAUAAACAAAUAUUGUAAAAGAAAUAAGUAUUUUAUUCAAUAAAAUUUUAUAAACCUACUUUUUUGACAGCGUAGUCGAAACGACGAAGGUUAGUAAUAAG